AUGCAGGCCUACAAGCAGCUGGAGCAGCUCUCCCAGAAGCUGCACAAUUUAUCGCACUUUCUGUAUCUCGGCAAAUGGGAUUCCGAGACUAUGAUGCCUUCAAAGGGCUCUGCUGCCCGCGGCGCCGCCAUCGGUGAGCUACACGGACUCAUUGCUGAGCUGAUGACCGCUCCGAGCACGAAGACUCUGCUGGACGAAGCUGAGGGAGUCAAGACGGAGCUCACCAAGACCCAGCAGGCGAACUUGCGCGAGUUCCGUCGCAUGUACAGUGCUCAAGCGGCGCUGCCAAAUGACUUCAGUAUGCUCAAGGCGAGGCUCUCGACGACCGUUCCGCUUAUCUGGGCUGAGUGCCGAAGGAACAAUGACUUUGCAACUUUUGUGCCAACACUGAAGGAGGUGAUUACGGUUGCGCGCAAGGAGGCGCAGUACCGCUCUGCUGCGACGGGCAAGCCUCUGUACGAGGCCCUGUUCAACCAGUACGAGUGCGGCAUGACGCUGGAAACGGUGGAUAGCAUCUUCUCUGACGUAAAGUCGUGGCUGCCGGAGCUGCUGCAGAAGAUACUGACUUUACAGAAGGCUGAGGGGCUGGAGGCGAGGGCGCCUGAGGCGCCUUUUCCCAAGGACAAGCAGGAUGCUCUUGGGCGCCACCUUAUGAAAGUGUGGGGCUUUGACUUCGAGUCAGGUAGGCUAGACGUAUCCGCGCACCCGUUCACGGGUAUGGUAAAGGAGGACUCGCGGAUCACCACCAACUACGAUCUGGAGGACUUCACCAAGGCGCUCUUCGCGACGAUCCACGAGACGGGACACUCCAAGUACGAGACGAACUGCGGUCCGAUGGAUAUGCGCGGCCAGCCGGUGUGUAACGCACGGUCGCUGAUGAUCCACGAGAGCCAAUCGCGCUUUGCCGAGGUUGUGAUUGGCCGCUCCAGCGCCUUCCCUGAGUUUCUAGCUCCGCUGCUGAAGGAGCAUCUCGGUGAGCAGCCCGCGUUCUCUCUGGAGAACGUACGGCUGAUGAGCCAGAGGGUGAGACCCGGCUUCAUCCGGAUAUUCGCGGAUGAGGUGUGCUACCCACUGCAUGUCCUGCUGCGCUAUGAGAUAGAGCGUGCGCUAAUCGAGGGCACGAUGGAGGUGGAGGAUAUCCCUCGCGUGUGGAACGAGAAGAUGAAGGCGUAUCUGGGUCUGGAGACGGAGGGACGUGACGACAUUGGCUGCCUGCAGGACACGCACUGGGCGAUGGGUGCCUUCGGCUACUUCCCGACGUACACGCUUGGCACCAUGUUCGCGGUGCAGCUGAUGUAUACGAUCAAGAAGGAACUGGGUGAGAGCACGGUGGACAAGUGCAUCCGCACGGGUCAGAUGGAGCCCAUCUUUGCGAAGCAGAAGGAGAAAAUCUGGGAUCAGGGCUGUCUGUACGAGACGGAGGAGCUGAUGAUCAAGGCGACUGGCGAAACGCUGAACCCCAAGUACUUCCGCGAGUACCUGGAGCGCCGCUACCUACGUCACGAGGACUGA